UUUGUGAACCUGGGAGCUGCUGCACGCUGGAGUGGCUUCUGCUAAGCUAAUCAUUAAGGAUAAUAAAAGGGAAGGUUAUAUCACCCAGAGUCACUUAAAUUCAGACCAACCUUUCCAUGGAGUUUGGGCCCAGAGGAGCGACAGUGGUGACACAGGGAGCAGACAUGGAGGAACAGCUCAACAGACCAACAUGGAGCAGGCAGAUAGAGUUCACCCUGGCUGGCAUCGGCUGCGCUGUGGGUCUGGGAAACGUUUGGAGGUUCCCUUAUCUCUGCUACAGGAGUGGAGGAGGUGCUUUUCUGGUUCCAUACCUGUUCAUGCUGGUGGUGUUGGGAAUCCCUCUGCUCUACAUGGAGCUGACUGUGGGUCAGUAUACAAGAAGAGGACCUGUCCAUGCCCUGGCUAUCGUCUGCCCACUGUUGAAAGGAGUGGGCAUGGCAUCGGUGGCCAUCUCCUUCAUCAUGUGCACCUACUACAACGUCGUCAUCACCUGGGCCCUCUAUUACCUCUUCAGCUCUUUCCAGGCAACGCUACCGUGGCAGAACUGUAACAACACCUGGAACACACCAAACUGUACCAACCAUGCCACUAACAGCAGCUACUCCUCCACAGCUAGCCAGGAGUUCUUCAAAUAUAAGAUGCUGGAACAGACUAGUGGAGUAGAGGAAGCAGGAGUGGUCCGUUGGGAGCUUUUCCUUAUUCUCCUUCUGGCUUGGAUCCUCAUUUACUUCUGCAUCUUUAAGGGGGUGAAAUCAACAGGCAAGGUGGUGUACUUCACAGCCCUGUUCCCGUAUAUUAUCCUGAUUGCCCUGCUGAUCAAUAAUGCGCAGCUUCCUGGAGCAAUAGAUGGAAUAACCUUCUUUAUUGUGCCGGAAUGGGACAAGCUGCUCUCAGUGGAGGUGUGGGUGAAUGCUGCAGCUCAGAUCUUCAACUCCAUUGGGAUUGGUUUUGGCUCCCUAUUGGCCAUGUCCAGCUACAACUCCUUCAACAACAACGUUCUGAAGGACACCCUGACCAUAUCCAUCAUUAACUCCCUCACCAGUAUCCUGGCAGGGUUUGUCAUUUUCUCUGCCUUUGGCUACAUGUCUCAUCUGCAGGGCAUUCCUGUUAGCAAUCUGGCUGUAGACGGUCCAGGACUAGUUUAUGUUGUUUACCCACAAGCCUUUGCAAACAUGCCAGUGGCUCAACUCUGGGCUGUGAUGUUCUUCUUCAUGCUGCUGUGCCUCGGGCUGGACAGUGAGUUUGCAAUGGUUGAAGUGCUGGUGACCAGUCUCAUGGAUGAAUUCUAUCAAAAUCUGAUCAAAUUCUUCAAGCGGAAGGAACUGUUUGUUCUUGCUGUUUGCGGUGCAGCAUGCCUCCUGGGGAUUCCUUGUGUCAUGCAGGUGGGAAUCUAUGUUUUCCAGCUGAUGGAUCAUUACACUGCCAUAGUGUCCAUCAUGUUUCUUGCAUUCUUUGAGGUUAUAGCCAUCUGUUGGAGUUACGGAGUGACUCGACUUUCAGACAACCUCGAAGAGAUGACUGGAAAAAGAGCAAACAUCUUCUUCAGAGUGUGCUGGUUAAUAGUUGCUCCUGUGCUGAUCACUGUUAUCCUGAUCUUCUCCAUCAUCCAGUUCAAACCAGCUCGCUAUGAGGACUAUGUCUUCCCUCCCUGGGCUCAGGGAGUCGGCUGGGUCAUUGCCAUGGCCUCCAUCAUCUGGAUUCCUUUGGGUGCUGUUCACACAUUGUGGGUGCUCCCUGGCUCAUUCAUGCAGAAACUGAAGCUGUCCAUCACACCAUUCGCCCUGAAUGAAAUGUCAAAGAUGCCGUAUUAUGAGAGGGGAGGGAGAUAUGGAGAUCCAGCCAUAGCUGUAAUCAGUUCCAGCGUCCAUCUACCUCAAAAACCUCCUAUUGAGACAAACUUCUGAUACCUCAUAAUGUUCACCAAGUGACAGACUUCUAGUAAGCUCAAAUCACAAUCACAAAUGAUUGUUUGCCAUUAGUAUUAAAUCAACUUCAAACACAAGUAUGCUACAAAAAUUAUUUACAUGAUUGUGAAAAUGUGUUGCAGCAUAUCUGCCAUGCAGAUAUAUUAAAUUGACCAUUUUUGUGAGUCUAUGAACUUAAUUUUAGAUUUUGUUGAACUUCUGCUUACAGUUUUGCUUAUUUUAAAAUGUGAUAAGAUGUUGUGGAAAGACAGUGUUUAUUAUUAGAGAUUAUUAUUGUGUACAUCUGUAAUAAUAUCUGUAAUAAUAUCCGACCAACUCUCUUGUGAUAGAGCUCCAAAGGAUAAAGGCGUGGCACUCAGGACUUUACACACACUUCCCCUGUGUUCAUUUGUGUUUUUUUACUUUGCUAAGGCUGCCAUCUUUUGGCCAUGUCUACUGAUGCAAUUAUGAGUGGUGAUGUAUCUGAAAUCAGGUACUUAACCAAUUUUUUUUUUUUUUUUACAUACAUGUUAGCUAAAAAAUGACAAAGAAAGCCACUAUUUAACAACAAUACAAUAAUGGUUCAAGGAGCUGAACGUUUGUAUUGAACAUCCUUUAAAAACAUAAACCACUGUGGACCAUUUCAUUGUGGUGGACUAAUUAGGCCAAAUGCAACAGGGCACUUCUGAUAAGUAUAUGGUAGUUAACAGAGGAAUACAUGCAUCAUGCAGCUCUGUGUCAUGUCAUGUAAGGUGUAAUAAAAACCUGUCACAAAGUC